AUUUUUUACUAGAGUUAUAAUAUGUAACAUGGAAACUAUACUUAUCAAUUAUGUCAAUUUUAUUUAUAAUUUUUAUAAUACAUUUUUUAGAGAGGGAAAAAGAAAGUCGAAGAUUUUGUGUGGAGCCGCGCACAACACUUGAUCCCACACAAAUCUCUCAAUGAUCUCUCGCAGUUUAUAUAUAAUUCACGGUAGCUAUAUGCAAAUUUUCAUUGAUGCCGACGUGCACGGUGGCGCAGUCUGCGGAAGGGAGAGAGCGGGUAGUAUUUUUACGUCACAGUGGCGAGAGAGCAAGUGAGAGGGAGAGGGACGAAUGGAGGGAGCGACAGAGAGGGAUCGACGACGGUUAUUGAUUCCGCUCCGAUCUACACAGCGUAUUAGUGCGGCGGACGGACGGGGCACACACAUGUUUUUGACGUUUGUCGUGUGCACGCUCCGAGAAAGCGGAGCGAUCUUGCGCGUCGAGCACCGUGCGAUGGCUUGAGCAUCCAGACUUCCCGGUGCCUGGACGGUGAGAACUUUUCUCGCGGUGCGCGCGCGAAGUCUCGUUGUUCGCCGGCGAAACCCAACCGCGUCUUCCUCCGCGCGCGCGGAGGCGGAUGACAUGCCGACGCGACGGAGCGUCGUAGGUUAAGGUGUGUGUCUCUCUCUCUCUUUGUUUCCCUCUCCGUAAAGCAAGGUCCGUAUCAUCAGCCGAGUUGAAUGAAACGACGCGUCCGUGACCGCACGAAGAUGGACAACGUGGCGACCGCCGAGUGCCUGACCCUGGACUUCGGCCCGUUUGAGACGGUGCACCGGUGGCAGCGCAUGCCGGAAUGCGACGAGUUCGUCGGCGCCAGACGCAGCAAACAUACCAUCGUGGCAUAUAAGGAUGCCAUUUACGUUUUCGGAGGCGAUAAUGGCAAAAGGAUGCUGAACGAUCUGCUACGCUUCGAUGUGAAGGAGAAGUCUUGGGGCAGGGCGUUCGCGACUGGUACUCCGCCUGCACCACGCUAUCAUCACUCCGCCGUAGUCCACGGCUCGUCGAUGUUCGUGUUCGGCGGUUACACAGGCGACAUACACUCUAACUCCAAUCUUAGUAACAAGAACGAUCUGUUCGAGUAUCGCUUCCAGACUGCCCAGUGGAUAGAGUGGAGAUUUAUCGGAGUGACUCCUGUGCCUAGGUCUGCUCAUGGUGCUGCUGUAUAUGAUAAUAAAUUAUGGAUAUUUGCGGGUUACGAUGGUAAUGCCAGGUUGAACGACAUGUGGACGAUAUCAUUAUUGCCUGGUGAUUUUAAAGCGUGGGAGGAGGUCGUUCAGUUCGGCGAGCGUCCACCAACGUGUUGCAAUUUCCCCGUCACGGUAGCCCGAGAAUCGAUGUUCGUUUUCAGCGGUCAGAGCGGAGCUAGGACAACUAACAGUCUCUUCCAGUUUCACUUUAAGGAGAGGCGAUGGACUCGCAUAUCAACGGAACAUAUAUUACGUGGCGCUCCAGCACCACCCGCUCGACGAUACGGUCACACGAUGGUCAGUUUCGAUCGUCACCUUUACGUCUUCGGCGGCGCGGCCGACUCGGCUCUGUCCAACGAUCUUCACUGUUACGAUCUUGACACGCAAACGUGGAAUGUUAUCUUACCGUCCACAGAUAGUCAGGUACCACCUGGCCGACUUUUCCACGCCGCCGCUGUAAUCGGUGACGCGAUGUUCAUUUUCGGGGGAACCGUGGACAACAAUAUACGCUCCGCCGAAAUGUAUCGUUUCCAAUUUUCAUCGUAUCCGAAGUGCACGUUGCAUGAUGAUUUUGGCAGGCUGCUGAGCAUGAGUCUCUUCUGCGACGUGGAAUUCAUAGUGGGUGACCUGGAGACCAAGAUCCCGGCGCAUAUAGCCAUGGUGGCAGCGCGUUCGCAAUUUCUCCGGGGGCUUAUUCGGCAGGCUCGCGAGAAACGGGACAAGUAUUUGGAGCAACAAUACGUUAAUGUACCAACUAACGAAUUACCGCCGUUGGAGGUGAGAUUAAAAGAUGCCGUGCCAGAAGCCUUUAAAAUGGUACUAAACUACAUUUACACUGAUCGUAUCGAUCCCACCAAGAGGCCAGACGACAAAGUUGAGGAUCCACAGAGCAAUCGCAUUGUACUUCUCAUGAUGGAUGUGUAUCGUCUUGCCGUGCAGUUCAAUAUGGAGCGCCUGGAGCAGCUGUGCGUCAACUAUCUCGAGGCGACUAUAAGCCACGCGAACGUUCUGGAGGCGUUGCGCAACGCCGUGCACCUGAAGCUGUACUUUAUAAAAGAGUUUUGCCUUAGCUUUGUCGUUAAGGAAAACAAUUACAAUUUGAUUGUGAUGAGCCAGGAGUUCGAGACUCUAGAUCAGCCACUGAUGGUGGAGAUAAUCAGGCGACGGCAAAUGCCGCAGGCCAGAACCUUCACCAAGUACGAAUAUGAAUCUGUCACCGGAACCAGCCUUGAGCAAGACAUGGAAGCGUUUCUGAAGAGCGUCGGUCGGGAAUUUUGUGACAUCACGUUGAGACUGAACGGUAUGUUGAUACCAGCGCAUAAGGCGAUCCUUGCGGCGCGAUGCAGCUACUUCGAGGCAAUGUUUCGAUCCUACAUGCCUGAAAAUAAUAUAGUAAACAUACAAAUUGGCGAAAUGAUACCGUCGUCAGAGUCAUUCCAGUCUUUGCUGAGGUACAUUUAUUUCGCGGACGUCUCGAUGCCACCCGAGGAUUCUCUGUACCUGUUCACUGCGCCAGGGUUCUAUGGUUUCAGAAAUAAUCGGCUGCAGGCGUUUUGCAAACAGAAUCUCGAGAUGAAUGUCACUUUUGAGAAUGUUAUACAGAUUUUAGAAGCAGCCGACAGGAUGCAGGCUACCGACAUGAAGAAGUAUGCUCUUAAUUUGAUAGUUCAUCACUUUAGCAAGGUUGCCAGGCUUCCAACAUUAAGACAAUUAAGUCGUGAGCUCCUGUUGGAUAUUCUCGAUGCUUUAGCUGAUGAGCGCACCGAGGCAAGAACGUGUCAGGAUAUGACUAACGAUUGCUGACGGAUUUCUACUUCAGAUCGUCGUCCAUGCAGCUGGGAUUUACCAUCGCCGUGCAGUUUUCAGGAACUGUGCCGGAUGAAUCUCAUCCUCAUAGGACGAACGAUUCUGUUCGUCGGUAAUUGUUACCAUGAUCACGCGGCUAAAUCUUGUCUGACAUCAGACAUACAAACUUUGCUGCCAUUGUCGACGGUUCCAUCGUCCGUUUCUAUUCAGGACAAGUCGUCGUCAUGCAGCGCCAAUCACCCGGUCACGUCGUCUCGUUGCGGGGAUGACAGGAGGCAACACCAAUGGUCUACCAUUACUCGUCGCUGUUCCGUCAGUUGCAACAUGUUGAGACGCACCGUCGUUGCUCUUUCAGACCUUGGACUUAAAAAGUUAUUUCCGUGAUAGGAAUUAUAUUUAUAUUAAAUGAAACGGCGAUGACUUUCAUUGAGCUAUGUCAUAGAAAUAUUCGUUGCAUGAUGUAAAAUUGUGCGAGAGUCGAUGUAUAAUAUUAGUCUAGUGUCCGUUUCGUAUAACAGAACAUUAGACAUGAUAUGGAUACGCGCCAAAGGUCAUUUUCCAUAAGUGCCCUGGUGAAAAAGUCCUAAUAUUUUUCAUAUUUUAAAUUUAUGAAGAUUUCUAAAAAAAAGUAUUUUAAAAUCUUUUCAGAUUUUACAAGUUUUCUUUGGAAACUAUAGAUAUACAGUUUUAGAAAUCUUAGAAUAUUUUGGAAUUUACAUAGAAUUUUAAGAAAAAUUUUCACCAGGGUAGAUAUAUCAAUGUUACUUCCGGUAAUGACGUACGUUAUUACGUGUGUGUACAAUUAGCAAUUGUUAUAUCAAUUAUAUUAUUUAUUUUAUACAGAAUGUUGUGAAAUUUGGAUAUAAAUGACAGAAAAUGGUAUUUCGAUAGAAAUGUACGUGAAAGCUAAGCAACUAGAAUAUAUACGAUUUUUUAUUUCGAUUUUUAAAGUUUAGCCUAAAGUUUGGCCACUCAUGUGAUUGCAGAAUUUUUAAUCUCUGUGCUUUUUGUUGCGUAUGCUUUUAUACUCGAGUUUUGUGAUAUAUUAUAGCAUUUAGCUAAUAUAUGAGAUAUCAUUGAGAAUUCUGUUAAGACAAUAUUGAAUUUUUAUGACUUAUUAAUCUUUCUCAAUCGGCCUGUUUCCAAUUCGGAAGGAAAUUGGAAAAUGUUGAUAAAUGUGUGUAAAACUACUAUUACUAAUUGUUCGAUCGUUUGAUAUAAACAUCUGUACGCUCAAAUCCGUAAGGUACUAUUAUAAUUUUACAAUUUAUAGUUCCGAUAUUUUAUGAUACACAGCGCGAAUUUUUUAAGCAACAUAAACUCUCAUAACAGACCAGUUUUCAAUGGUAUCUCAUUGUGAUAAUUAUAAUAAGCCUAUAUGUUUCUAUGUUAUUAUACAUGUUGAAAAAUCUGUAAAAUAUACAUAAAAUAUCUAUUUGUGCUAAAGAAAAUAUUGUUACGACAUAUCUACGUGUAAUCGCAACCGUACAGUUCCGUCGUACCUCUUAAUCGUCGAUCUUUUUGUAAUUAUAUAUGAGACAGAAAUAUUUUUAUGAGCUAAACAACGGAUAUAAAUAGUAAUAUAAAUAAUUUUAUCUUAUGCAGGUGAGAAAUUGGAAUAACUGGCAAAACUAAAUAUCACAUGUUGUUGAAGAUAAACAUAUUUUCAAGCUAUUUCAGAGUUGCUGAUAUAAGAAAUAUCUACAAUUAAAAUAAGGAUAUAGACGAUUAAUUAAAUUUAGAUAUACGUCAAUGUGAGUCAAAUUAAACUGUAAAAGGCGCCUAUAUUUUCAUCGAAUGUAAUAUAAUAAAUUAAAUUAUACCUGCAAA